GUGACUAGCUCAAUGUCACCCAGCAGGCUUCAUGGGGAGAGAUGGGGAAUCAAACCCAGUUCUCCAGGUUAGCGCCCACCGCUCUUAACUGCUACACCAUUCUGGAAUCCCCAGAACAUUAAUAUCCAGGUUUCCUUAGUGAUAUGCACAAGACAGUAAUAAGAACUGAAGAAAUUAUAAACUUGCAUGAACGCAUAAAACAGAUGGAACACAGCCAUAAAUUUUACUGGAACAAGUGUGCUCUGAAUGACCUUUCCAGAACAGAACACUAUUUUUUUCUAAAACAAGUCUUGGUUUGUUUUGUUUUAAAACAUGUUUGUGAUUUUUUUUUUUAAAAAAAGAUACUUAAUGAGAGCGGUAUGGAGAUUGGUUGCAAACAUGUCUUGUGUUACACGUAAGAAAACCAGAUAACAAGAAAUGCUGAGAACUUGAAUGGUGUAGUGAUUGGAAUGAGUGUCAGAUUUAGGACACAAGUGUCAAACUCGUGGUCCUCCAGAUGUUCAUGAACUACAAUUCCCAUCAGCCCUUGCCAAUGCUCAUGUUGGGAGGGACUGAUGGGAAUUGUAAUUCAUGAACAUCUGGAGGGCCGCGAGUUUGACACCCCUGAUUUAGGAGAUGCAGGUUCAGAUCCGCACUCUGCCAUGGAAGCUUGCUGGGUGACCUUGGACCAGUCACACCUACUCUCUGCUUCACUCGCCUCACAGGGUUAUCAUGAGGGUAAAAUGGAGAAGAGGUGAAUGAUGCAAGGUGGUUUUGGUCCCCCUUGGAGAGAAAGGCAGGAUACAAAUGAACUAAAUAAGUAAUGUACACUUUAGGAUGGCAUAAUGUAAUAACCAGGACUGCAGCCUUGUCCACCCUCACUGAGACAAAGGCCCAUUGAAAACAAUGGGACUUGCGUCCAACUGUAGGAGUGUAGGAUCAAGCUCGAAAUGGUGGAGUUUUCAACCAUGAAGUUGCAGGUUUCAGCCAUUGGCUUUGUAGGGUAGUCUUAUGCAGGGCUCUUGUAAGUAUUGAAGUAGUAAACAUUAAUUGCUGUGAAAUUCACUCUAUAAAUAGGACAAACAGGAUAGUUCUGUGUAAAUGCUGCAAAUUCUCGGGAGCACAAAGUACAGAAGAAAUAAAGCUAGCUGCGAAUUGCUAUCUGUUAUGACUGGGCAGAUAUGUCGGCAGUGCCUGUUGAACUAUCAAAAGUCAGUGGCCUGACAGCACUUUGGCUUCAUUCAUGACUAGGUAAACUGGUAUAAACUAUGAAAAGGACUGAAAGUUGCCAAACACAAAAAGAAGUAAAACAAGUUGUCCCAUUUACACAAGUGGUAGAAUUUUGUUUUCUUUGGGGCAGAAUUUGGAUUGCCUAGACACAGACGUUUUGGAAGGAGGGAAAGGGUGAUUAGUACUUAACACAACACAACACGUUCCUUCUUGUAUAACAGUGCUAAAUGUAAUUUAAUUCUUUUAUGACCCAAAUGCAAAAGCUCAUUCCCUCUUUUCCCAGGAUUUCUUUCCACGUUCUUUCUUUAGUACUGAAGUGCAAUGUUCUUGUGCAGCCAAAUCCUACGAGUGCUGACUUUGGGAACAGAAACUCUGCUUCCUUCUCCUGCCAUCCAGCCUGCCAAACAUAAGGACUGUGCCAGAGGAAAGCAGAAAGACCCCAGCACUUGAGAGUGUGGAGUGCACAUUCUUGGAGCCUAAUUAUCUCAUCAGAAGUAGUGCUUGACUCAGUCAGCAGAGACAAGCAUCUUUAAAGGAAGCUGGGCUAAGUUCCAAAAACCUGCAUGGGAUGAGAGGGGGAGGACUCAUCAGGAUGGGGGGGGGCUGGCAGUGGAGGUUGUGGGAGGGUUUAAAAAUCAUAAUAAUCAUAAAACUUCCUGCAGUUAUCAGGAGGACAUGAGCCAGAGAUGGGGAAAGCACUGGAAGGGGAUUUGGUGUGUGCAGAUACUGAAUUCCUGGAAGCCUGAAGUCCUAAUUCAAGAACCGUGUGAAACCAGACGUUGGCAAAGGGAGCUGCAGGUCAUUGUGUGGGACUGAAGUUCUGAAAUAGACUAGCAAGUGCUGAAAUAUGAGGUGUCGAGGAGAUUUGGCAUACUUCUUGCUGGCAGCCUGGGCAACAAUGGAUCCAGCAAUGCUAGGGCGAGCAUUCCACACGAAAGGGAAGGAUGCUGCAGAAAGGGUCCAGCACCAGGUGCAACAUGGCUCCUGCACUUACACAUUCCUGCUGCCUGAGGUUGGGAGCUGCCAUCCUCCUGCUGCCGAAUACAAGGUCUCAAACUCACUCCAAAGGGACACUCCGUCCCUAACUGAGACUAAGUGGACAGCAAAGAGGCUUCAACAGCUGGAAAGCAUUCUGGAGAACAACACCCAAUGGCUGCAGAAGCAGCUGGAGAGUUACCUGCAGGAAAGCGUGACAGCAGAGAUGUCCAAUGCCCACCUGAGUGCUGUGCAAAACCACACUGUCACGAUAUUGGAAAUUGGCACCAGUCUCCUGAACCAAACAGCUGAGCAGACCCGCAAGCUCACAGAUGUAGAGAUGCAGGUUCUCAACCAGACCUCACGGCUGGAAAUCCAAGUGUUGGAGAAUUCUCUGUCUACCAACAAGCUGGAAAAACAGAUACUGCUGCAAAUGCAAGCGAUAAGCAGACUCCAAGAAAGGAACAGCUUUCUAGAAAAGAGGAUCCGGGCCAUAGAGGGGAAACGUGAAGAAAAACUUCAGGGACUCCAGUCUGAGAAGCUGGAGAUGCAGCAGCUGCUGUCCAAACAAAUGGACUUCAUUGGGGAUCUGGAGCAGCGUCUGGGAAUGGCCUUGCUCAACAAUACAGCCCUGCAGAAGCAGCAGACUUCACUAGUAGAAACGGUGAAGUCCCUGACAGGCUUGGGGUCUCAGUGCAACCAGCUUUCCCAUGUGCCCCGAGAGGAGCAGAAGUUCUUCAAGGAUUGUGCGGCUGCCUACAAAUCAGGUUUCAUUUCCAGUGGAGUCUACACACUACAAAUUCCCAAUACCACAAUCACUGCUAAAGCUUUUUGUGACAUGGAGACCAGCGGAGGAGGCUGGAUGGUGAUCCAGCGCCGGAAGGAUGGCUCUGUGGAUUUCCAACGCAACUGGAAAGAAUAUAAAAUGGGAUUUGGGUCUCCACAUGGAGAAUAUUGGUUGGGCAACGAAUUUGUCCAUUUGCUCACAACUCAGGGCUCCUAUUCACUCCAUGUCAGACUCCAAGACUGGGAAAAUAACGAGGUCUAUUCCCUGUAUGACCACUUCUUUCUAGGCCCUGAGAAACAGAACUACCGGCUCUAUGUGCAGAGGUACAGCGGCACUGCUGGACGCACAAGCAGCCUUAGUCUCUCAGGAAUGGACUUCAGCACCAAGGAUGUCGACAAUGACAACUGUCUUUGCAAGUGUGCGCAGCUGCUGAGUGGAGGUUGGUGGUUUGAUGCCUGUGGGCCCUCUAACUUGAAUGGCCUUUAUCACCUGCCCAACCCGACUAGCAACCGGAUGAAUGGUAUCAAGUGGCAUUACUGGAAGGGCCCAAACUACAGCCUCAAGAUGUCAGCCAUGAUGAUCCGCCCUAUGGAUUUCAGAGAGGAAUAAGGGAUGUGCAGAUGGACUGUCAUAUGACUGGCAAACACCAGCAAAUACAGCACACACUUUUAUGCAGCUUUGCAGCUCUUCAAAUAUUUGUGAUUCAUUAGGGAUGCUGGGGUUAUGAAAGUCAUUGCAGUUCAUACUGGUGACGACAUAGGGCACUAGCACAGGGCAAGCAUCAGAUCCCCCACAUUGCACUGCGUAAACACAGGACACAGAUUUAAAGUGGCUAAACUUUUUUUCCCACUGAGGGAGAAAAACUAGCAUAUUUAUGCUUGCAGAGAUAAAGAUGACCAAUGUCUGGGUAGUGUCUCAAAUGCCAGAGGAGGAAGCCAAGCAGGAUGUCUUUAAGACCAAAGGGCCUUCUGCACAUCUUCUAUACUUCUGCCCUACCCAGUGUUGAACUGCAGCUCUGCCUCCAAAGACCAUAUGACUUCUCAGUGGAGCUUUGAAGGCAGAGCCAGCCAUUUAAAGCUGGAACCAGGUAGGCUGAGCCUGCAGUUUGGUGCUGGGCCUUUGGAGGGAGCACACAGUUUUACAACUGGACCCAAUCAGGCCCAGUUCAGCAUCGAACUACAGGCUACACCUCCAAAAGGCAUGUAGGCUUCAGAUGUGGAGCCCACAGUUUAAAGCUGGACUCAUUCAGGGUGGAGCAGAAGUUCUUAAUGGGGAGGGGACCCAGUAAAUCAGGGCACUUCCUUUCAAGUGGGACCCAGGUUAUGCACCCUGGCUGUCCCACCCUAGAUAUGCCUCUGCAGAUGACCUUAAAGGUCAGAAUGAGAUGGCAGGAUGUCUUCUGCAGUCAUGAACCCUCCCUUUUCAUGAUGGCACUGCAAUACUUUAACCAACUUAAUGGCCUGCAACAUGCACCAGUUUUUACUACUUUGAUUUCCCAGCGAGGGAAGCAUGGGACCAUAUUUUAAUUUCCAACACUUGGAAUUCUUAUCAGUUGACAAGAGGUCAGAAAUCUGGUAUUUUUGCUAACACACAGCACAGCUGAAUUUUCCCUCAGAAUUUUAUAGGUCUCAGCCAUGCUUUGAAAAAACAAAAGAACUGUAAUGACUCAGUUUCUUGUCAGUCCUCUUCUAGAACAAAGAUUACAUGAUCUUAGGACAAGUCUUCAAAUGACCAAUUCCUUAAAACUGUUCAUUAAAGGGAUUGUCACUGAAUUAUAAACUCUAUCACUACAUCCCUCUCUUAAGUUGUUAUACAAUAACAAAGUAAGAUAAUAUAUAUGAAAUAAAAAUUAAUCAUACAUAUUUACAUUAUAUACAUGGUUAUCACCCAUUAAUAUAAUAAAGUACACAUCAUCCAGUAAUAAAUAUUUAUAAAUCAAUCUGGAGGUUUUGUCUAUUCAGUGGAAUGUCUUAGUUUGGGUUCAUCAUGAACUAGCAAUGUAUGUUGGCAAUCAGGAUCAACUAAGACCUUGGAUAUGCUUUUCCCCCUUUCUUUAUUCCAUGUACAAGCAGAUGGAUAUUAGAUGCAAACUUGGCCCCUAGUUCAGAUCUGGAAAGUCAGAGCUUCUCCUGUCAAAGUAAUAUUUUUAAAAUUUCAGCUUCUAAAUUCCCGUCAUCCUCUUGAGACUUUCAAUAUUAUAGAAUAGUAAAUUGUCAGCUAUGGGCAUAUUAGUUAUAAUGCAAUUUCCAUUAAAAGCUGAAAAGGGAUCAAGAGUUAUCUACGAACAGGCUGCCGCAACAUGUUAUUUACUCAAAUUACCACUACAAUCAAAAGCUUUAUUAGAUUCUUGACUAUCUUGGUAGCUCUUACAAAAAGCCUAUUUGACUGCAGAAGAUUUGGGCUAGAUGUGUUGUGCCGAAAAUCCUAGUCUUUGGCUAACUUCCUAAAUGCUGCACAGGAAAAUGUGAGGUGCUGUCACCAAAAACUACCUCUGGAAUAAAAUGCCACGCAAAUAUUCCUUUCUGGCUGGCACUCAGUGAGAUCCUGGUGGUUACUUGUCAGUGUUCAUAUUUCUAGAUAUAAAGAAUCAUAGUCUGCAACUAUUAAACUAUCCUUGGAAUUUCAUGUAGAUUAAUCAACAGCUACCUUAUAUACUCGCGUAUAAGUCUACUUUUUCAGCACAUUUCUUGUGCUGAAAAAAGCCCCCCUCAACUUAUACACGAGUGAACGGGUGGUGAGCAGGUGGGAGGAACAGGUGGCGAGCGAAAAAAGGCUGGGAGCUGAGGGUGUUUUCUGCACCUGCUCCCUGCUAUGUGGACACAAAGGCAGCUCCCAAGUAAGCCUUGGGCUGUUGCUUCGCUGCACUACAGGU